AUGACAGAAACACUCCCUCUCGCUGAUCUUACACAUCCCUAUCAAGAGGAGACAGAUCCAAAGUUUGCCGAAUUAUUAAAACAAGCCUUUUCUAUUAAUAAUGGUGAUUUGAAUAUUUCGGAUGAUGCAAUUGAUCAAUUUUGGAAGAUUAAUUUUGUAUUGAACGGAGGAGAGCAGAUCAAAACUUAUCAUCUUCAUCAGGAGGCUUUGAAAAAUUAUAGUGAAUUGUUUGGUGAUUUGAUUAGAAAUGCUUUUGAAUUUUCUGAUGUGAUGGAAAAAUCUACAACCAUUGGUUUGAUGAUUCCGAAUGAACUGGCUGUUUUUGAGAAGAUAAUUAUUCCAUGUUUAUAUGGAUCGAAACGUACUUCGAUCUGUAGAGGAUUAGAUUUGGUAAUUGCUUAUAAUUUCUUUGAUUAUUUGCAGAUGGAAGGUUGGAAACAAGCUGUUAAGAAGGAAUUAGAUGAAUUGUAUUCUUUCAAGUCAAUUAGGUUGAAAUCAGAAUGUUUGGAUCAACAUACGGAAUACUUUUUGAGGGUUUUCUUUACAGAACAUCCAACAUUUGUUAUUGACACAUAUUAUAUCAAUUAUCACUAUGAGAGAUUUGUGAUUGGUAUUAACAAAUUCCUUUUAGAAAAGAAUAGAAAGAGGUGCCUUCAACUCUUGCUUGGUUUUGAUAUCUUUUCAUUUAUUUCCUUGUUAUCUAAUGAAAAGAUAGGAAUUUAUUCGGAAUAUCAAGUGUAUCGAGCUAUUUCUUGGUUCAUCGAAUCACAUCCAGAGAUUAAUCAAGUUGAAAGGGAUAAUUUGUGGAAAUCAUUGAGAGUUUGUAGUCUUAGUAAUCAGGAAUUUGAGGAGCUCAUGAGCAAUUCAACCAUAAGUGAAAAUUUAAAAAAUGAAAUGCAAAACAACCGACUCAAGAACUAUUCAGAAUUGGAGCCACGAACCUACAUUCAAUCGAUUGUGUAUUGUGGAUCUAUAAGUGGAUAUAUCGAAGUUUGGGAUCUCUACAGAGAAAAAUGCGUCACCUCAUUGAAAGUGCAUUCCAAUAUUAUACACGAUAUCAAAACCUUUAAAAGGGAGAAUCAAAAUUAUAUUUUCACAUGUGGAGAGGAUGGUCAUGUUAUACUUUCCCGAUGUUCUAAUGAUCAUUCAAUAUUGGAACAAUUGACCAGUUUUAAAUUAGAAUCGCCAGUCCUCACCAUGGACUUGAAUGAUAAUUUUUUGGUUGUAAACUCAAGUGUAGGGUCUAUUCAUAUUUUUGAUAUUUCGAUUAGCUCACCAACAGAUCCUACUCCAAUAUUUAAGGAAGUGCAAUUCGAAAGAAAGGCAGAUACUUCAAAUGUUCGUUGUGUUUGUCUCUUUGGAGAUUAUUUAAUUGCAGGUCUAGUUAAUGGUGCAGUAAAGAUGUGGUAUGCUGGAAACUUAUCGGAGGAAUGGGAUGUAAAAAGAUCACACACGGAUGCUGUACUCUAUUUAAAACGGGUCACUAUUGAUCAUAAGGAUUAUUUAUUGAGUGCCUCAUGCGAUAGGUCUGUAGUUUUGUGGGAUAUUUCUGAUGCCCAUUUUGUACAAGUCAAGAAAAUUGAAGUAUCCAAUGGAUUUGUUUAUGCCGUUGAUGUCAUGUUGCUCUCAUCAGAUUUGAGUAUGAACUAUAUAGUAACUGGUUCAACAGAUAGACAAGUUACCAUCGCCAAAUUUGAUGGACAACAAUCAAAGGCAUUGAGAAGUCACAAAAACUUUGUCUAUGAGGUAAUUGUCAAUAAUCUCAGUAUUAUUAGUUUUUCAGAUGAUAAUACCAUUCGAGUGUGGAAUUCAGAAAGUGGAGAAUGUGAUCAAACUUUCCAUCCAUCAUCUAGCAUUAGAUGUGCAACACUUCCUUCUUCCUGUAACUCUGUUUUACCUCAUUCCACAUGUCCAAUCCAAUAA